UGAUACGUCUGUUGUUGGAAACAACAAUGCCUUGGAGCUUGCUGCCCUAGACCGGGAACUGUUUAUGCGAUCAAGCCUGCUACAUCUUCGUGUUCCUUUCUGUGGCCACUUCUAAUCUUGUUGCCACUGCUCUUGCUCAGAAGACAUCUUUCUAGACUUCUAUUUAUCUCUUUGACAUGUGGGAUCGGCAUGCUUUUGUUCACAUGGUUUGGGGCGGCUACUUUAAUUGCUGGUAACGUGUACAACAGAUUUUGCAGACUUCUUUCUAUAAUUCUUAUAAUUUUUUGUAAAAAGAGAGGCUAAGGUCACAUGAUUAUGUUUUGAAUCUCGAUAUGUUUUGAAUUUCGAAAGUGCCAUAUUUGUUUACAUCCUUAUAUACUUGUUAUUUUUUUUGAUGUGUGUAAAUUUCAUUGCGACAUUCACAAUGCAUUUAUUAGUGAGUUGUUGCAGUACGUUGCAGUGAUUUUGAUGCUCAAGUCCUUGAACGACAAGGGUUACAACACUCUUGCAAUCAACACACCCUCUUUUAAGCAAAUUAUUUUCAUAAUUAACUUGGCUGCACCUAUUGCGCUCACAAUGGUGUCCAAUAUAUUGUUUUACACAAUUAUAAGUUUCUUGGCAACAUCGUUGGGACCGGUAACCCUAGCUGCUCAUCAGGUGAUGAUGGGGCUUUAUAUCCUUUGUACAACGUGGGGAGAGCCUCUUGCACAAACUGCUCAGUGUUUCAUGCCUGCCCAUAUCUGUGGUGUUGACCGUAACUUGCAGAAGGCAAGAGACUUGUUGAAGUCCUUGAUGAAGAUCGGAAUUAUUGUCGGUUUUACGCCAGGGUGCUGCGCUAUAUCAGUACCCUGGUUUUUUCCUCAAAUCUUUACAAAAGACCUUGGUAUUAUCGCUCAGAUGCGUUUAGUGUCUGUUCCUUUCCUUUUCAGCUUGAUGAUUACUCCACCUACACUCUCUCUGGAGGGCACUUUGCUGGCUGUCAGAGACCUGCAUGCAAGGAUGCUAGCAGCUUCGGUUUGCAAGGAUGCUAGUCACUUCGGUUUGCAAGGGAGCUGGUGGAUGCUAGCAGCUUUUCAAUGGACUCGUUUCUUCCAGGCGUAUUCUCGGUUGCAUUCGUCACGAAGCGUUUUAGCGAAUCCUCCGUUAUCGCACGACGAAGGUUCACUGUUGCAGGUCGCGUAAAGGAGCACGAUAUUUCUUUGAAGCUGACUAAGCAGGAGGGCUACUACUGAGUCUAUCCAUCUUUAUGUAUGUACUUGUGCACAGAUCAUUACUCUCAGUUAGUGAGGCCGCAAUAUGCUAGUUGCCAUGGGACGGCCAUCAUUCUUCGUAGUCAGCAAUUAUCAUUUGACAAGCUGCUUGGAUGAAGGGCUCAUUCGUACCGGAUUCUUCUGGGGCAGUCAGUUUCAUUUUUCUACAUCGAAUCAUGCACCCCAUAAAAUGAUUCAAGUAGCGGGCGAUGGCUAAAAUUCAUUCAGGACGUGUAGAACACCUAAAAACUCAUGGCUGAGCUAUUUAAUUCAUCUGUCGAAGAACGAGAUUCCACCGCGUUUAUAAAUGUCGUCACUUUCUCCCUCCGAAA